ACCAAAAAAACAAGAAAAUGUCAAAGCCAUUAAUUAUAAGCACUCAACUAGUAGUUUUAGCACUCAUCUUUAUUACAGUUAACUCAUCAGAAUCAUUACCAUAUCAUAAUAUAUUGAAUUAUGGAGCCAAAACAGAUGGCGAAACUGACUCGACCAAUGCAUUUCUUGCUGCUUGGAUUCAAGCCUGCAGCUCCAGCAAGCCGGCAACUCUCCAUGUACCGCCAGGGCGGUUCUUGCUACGAAACGUUGCGUUUAGAGGAAAAUGCAAGAAUAAUGCUAUUUUAAUACGUAUCGAGGGUACGAUUGUUGCCCCAUCGGAUUAUAGAGUCAUUGGACAUUCAGAAAAUUGGAUUUUAUUUGAGAAUGUUGAUGGAGUUACUGUUGUUGGUGGAUUGCUUGAUGGACAAGGUUCAGGUUUGUGGAAUUGUAAAGCCACUUCCAAGCAUUGCCCUGCUGGAGCCACGUCCCUAAGGUUCAGCAAUUCGAACAACAUAAAGAUAAAGGGACUAACAUCAAUAAAUAGUCAGAUGUUUAAUAUUGUGAUCCAUGGCUGCCACAAAGUCAAAUUGGCCGGAAUUAAAAUAUCUUCGCCUGGGAACAGCCCCAACACCGACGGAAUUCAUGUCCAAAUGUCGAGUUCUGUUUCAAUCGUCAACUCCAAAAUCGGAACCGGUGAUGACUGUAUAUCAGUUGGUCCUGCCACUAAUCAUUUGUGGAUUCAGAACAUUUCAUGUGGCCCUGGUCAUGGAAUAAGCAUUGGAAGUCUAGGGAGAGGAUUACAUGAGGAAGGUGUACAAAAUGUGACAGUUAAAACGGCCACAUUUACUGGUACUGAGAACGGGGUUAGAAUAAAGUCAUGGGCAAGGCCUAGCACUGGUUUUGCUAGGGACAUUCUUUUCCGAGAUAUUGUGAUGAAGUAUGUGCACAAUCCAAUUGUGAUUGAUCAAAAUUAUUGUCCUCACGAGAAAAAUUGCCCUCAUCACCAGGCAUCUGGAGUUAAAAUUAGUAACGUGAGGUACCAAAACAUCUACGGAACAUCAGCAACAGAAGUAGCAAUGAGAUUUAACUGCAGUAAAAAAGAUCCAUGCACAGGAAUUGAACUGGAGAAUGUAGACCUUACUUACAAAAAUCAACCAGCUGAUGCUUCUUGCACUAAUGCUGAUGGAACAUCUUCCGGGUCGGUCAACCCAGCAAGCUGCCUUCAAUUAUAA